UGUUGUGUGUGAACCCCAGGAUUUUAACACCUCCUACUUGGCUGUGUGAAGCAGCAGCAGAGCUGUUACCUAGUUACAGAUGGGAGAGAGUCUGCAAGGGAUGAGAGUAGAAGAGAGCAGCAAAGCAGCGGACCCUGAGAGCAUCAAUCAGUCCGGGCAGAAAAACGCACGUUCGGACGGACGGAAGCAGCAGAGGAGGUUACAAAGGAAGGACCUGGCGAGAAGCCGACGUCCGUUUCGUCUGAGCGGGCUCAGGAGCAUUUUGUGUCUGCGGACGACGGGGUGGUAGGUGAGCCGGCGGAAGGAAGAGGCAAAGUGUGCAUCCAUGGGUGACACCUGGGUCCCUGGCCUGCAGCCAUGGGAGAACAACAGCUGGGCCGGCCAAUCACAAAGCCUCUCACUCCUACUUAUGCUUAACAAUAGUAUCCUGAAUGACACUUUGCUGUGCUGCUCGAAUUUCACAAACUCUACCGGAGCUGACAUCCCCUCCGGUCUUAGCUUGGGCGCAGUCCUCAUCCCUCUCGUGUACAUCGUCGUGUGCAUCGUUGGCCUCGGAGGCAACACUCUGGUCAUUCACAUCGUGUUGCACUAUUCCAAGACCGAGUCUGUCACAAACAUCUACAUCCUCAACUUAGCCAUCGCUGAUGAACUGUUCAUGCUCGGCCUGCCCUUCUUGGCAGUGCAGAACACGCUGCAGCUGUGGCCCUUUGGUCCCUUCAUGUGUCGUUUGGUCAUGACCGUCGACUCCAUAAAUCAGUUCACCAGCAUCUUCUGCCUGACAGUGAUGAGCAUCGAUCGCUACCUGGCUGUCGUUCACCCCAUCCUUUCCUCCAAGUGGAGGCGCCCAAAAGUGGCCAAAAUAGUCAACGGCACGGUGUGGGCGCUAUCCUUCCUCGUCGUCCUGCCUGUUGUCGUCUUCGCAAACAUCCAAAAGGGGGGAGGCACGUGUAACAUCGCCUGGCCCCAGCCAGCAAAUAUCUGGAGUACGGCCUUUAUCAUUUAUACUUCCACCGUCGGUUUUUUCUGCCCUCUACUUAUCAUCUGCCUCUGCUACCUACUCAUCAUCUUCAAGAUCCGCAGUUCGGGCAAAAAGGUCCACGCCACUUCUAUCAAGCGCCGAAAGUCCGAGCGCAAGGUGACGCGGAUGGUUGUAAUCGUGGUCGCCAUAUUCGUCGUCUGCUGGUUGCCUUUCUAUGCCGUCAACAUCAUCAACGUGCUGGUGUCUCUUCCGUCCGAGUACCACGGCCUCUACUACUUUGUUGUGGUUUUGGGCUACGCUAACAGCUGCGCGAACCCCAUCAUCUACGGCUUUCUCUCUGACAACUUUAAGAGGGGUUUCCGAAAGGCACUUUGCCGUUCUACAAGAAAGGUGGAGAACCACGAUCCAAUAGAGCGGGAGCAGCAGCAAGAGGAAGGGAGGAGGGUACUCAUGCCCAGGGAGAGCUUGAGGCGGGUGAUCAGGGAUAAGGAGCAGGAGGAAGAGGAGGACGAAGAUGUUUCGGAAAUGACCGAGAUCUACAGAAUAGCAGACAAUGGGAACAGUAGCAACUUCCCGGUGCAGGACUCACAACUUAACGGAGAAAGGACCCACCCUGUGAGUGGCGAGGCUUCUGUUCCCAUAUAUGACUGACAAAACAACGGUGGAUUCAAAAGAGAAUGAAAUGUCCGGUGGUUUCUGCACUUUUGCCCCUGCUAAAAAGAAGACAAGAAUCCGAGCAAUGCUGCUAGAAAAGAUAUUGAUGAUUUAAAAGGACCGUAAUUUCCGGACUAUUGAGCGCACCUGAAUAUAAGCCAAACCCAAAAAAAUUUAAAAAGAAGAAAAUAAUGGUACAUAUAUAGGCCACACUUCUCUAUAAGCCGCAGGUGUUCACAUUCUAGAUUUUUUUUGUUUUCACUUUUAGUUAAAUAAAUACUUUUUUCCGAACACUGCCCGUCACACGGCUAGCUACACGUUAGCUCUUUCCUGCUUCGAUCAAAGUUGGAAUGCACAGGAGAGACUUCCUGAUCUGCUCCAGGCCCGAAGCUAACGUUAGCUCCCGGGCUAACUCCCUUCACUUUGUGCUAGUCCUCAGCAGAGGUAAACAGAAACAGAACAUAAACAGUGUUUUAACUGCUCCUGUAUAACCAACUCACGAUUUCAACAUGGCAGAGCUCAAACUGCGUUGAACUUCUCUUGCGCGCGCGCUGCUAGUUAGCUGCAUCACUGUUUAAACCACAUGGUUCAAAGCAUGUGAAAAAAGUAGGGGCUUAUCGUCCGGAGAUUACGGUAAUAAUACUGAAGUGCCAAACUGUAAUUCACAAGGCAUUUUAAAAAGCCUUAUUAAUUUUGAAUAGUAUACUUUAAGGAAUUAAUUUACUUUUUUUUUAAAAUUAAUAACGGUAAGUAUUUUACAUGGUCAAAAUGACAGGCCUUAGACCUAGAAAUGCAUUUGAGGUAGAUUUGAUCAAGUGAUCAGCCAUUUGCUGAUGGGCUAAAUCUUUUUGUGUAUUGUGUAAAUUCUCCUCAAAUUGCCUCCACAAAUCACCCGUCAUCUGUACAUAAAUAUAACGAAUACUUAAAAACUCUCAAUGUCUGCCAAAGUGUCAUCACGCCGUCGUAAUGCCAGUUUGUAAUGUAUAAACUGUAUAUUUUGUUAAAUGCAUUGUUAAAUAUUAAAACAAUGUGUGCCUUUAUAA